AUGGGUGGUGAAGACCAAGAACAACUGCUAAAAUCUGAUUGCCUAAGGUAUGCCAACACCAUAAAAGAGACGCUGACGGACGAUAAAUAUACCGAGUUUCUUGGUAUCAUGCGACAAUUUCGUAAAAACAGGAUCGACUUCUUCGGCGUUAAAGAAAAGGUGGUGGAGCUAUUUGCAGGACAUCCAGAACUGCUUAUAACUUUUAACAACUAUCUCCCAAAGGAAUUAGAAUUCAAUCUCACUCAAGAAGACGAGCUUCGCGAAUAUAAGAAGCCGAUUCAAGAUGAAGUAGCCAUGAACUUUGUUAACAAUAUGAAGAUGGGGCUACAAGAUAAUUAUGAUAUUUACACAUCUUUUCUUGAGAUUUUAAAUUCGUAUCGAAUGGGAAAAAGAUCCGUUUUUCAGGUCCAUCAAGAGGUUGCUGAUCUUCUUCGUGAUCAUGAAGACUUACAUAUGGAGUUUACCAACUUAUUUCCCGAUUACCACAACGCUCACAAUCAACAUAAGCAACACGGGUCUACGUACAAAAGCUACGUUCGUAGUCUUGAGGACAUUGUUCUCAAUCUUUUUCCCACAGAUAUGCAUGAUCGAGUGGCUUGUCUCUGUAAAACGGUGAGGGAACAAGUACGCGAUUCAGAUGACUACCUGCGGUUUUUGAAGUGCAUUAAGCACUACCAAACGGAAAACAUAGAUCGACAACAACUGCAAUCUUUGGUGCAUGAUUUACUCCAAGAGCAUCCAAACCUUAAGAAAGAAUUCAGUGAAGUUCUCAACCACAGUGAUAAGACCGAGGAUGGUAACGUAGAACAUAACGAAAAUAAGGUGGAAAUCGGUCAAGAAAUCAGCGAAAAGGGAAAGAGAAAACGGUCUGCCACCAGCAGUAGACCUACAGUCGAAAAGGGAAAGAAGAAACGGUCUCGAGUAUCAAAGAAAGACAACAACAAAGUGAAACCGCUUCGUGAACUUGACUUAUCUAACUGUGAAAGUUGCACUCCCAGUUACAGACUUGUCCCGAAAAAUUAUCCUAUUCCUGCAACAACUCAAAGAAAGCAACUAGACAAAGAAGUAUUGAACGAUCACUGGGUGUCUGCUUCGUAUGGUCGCCAUUUCGAACAUCCCUUCAAAAACAGAUAUGAAGAUAAGUUAUCUGAAUUUGAAGACGAGAGGCAUGAGAUGGACAUGGCUCUCGAAUGCGUAAAGGUUACAAUUGAACUUGCAGAGAAAUUAGUGAUGAUGAUUUCUGAUAAAUCUAUCGAGAUAGAUGGUCUCUUUCCUGUUGAAGAGUACUUUUCCGGUCCAAGUUUGAGGUGCAUAAAAGUUCUUUAUGGUGAUUAUGGGCUUAAUGUCAUCAAGGAACUAAGAACUGAUGUAUCUCUUAGUCUGCCGAGAAUAUUAAGCCGUCUGAAGCAGAAAAAAGAGGAAUGGAGGAUGUUCUCUUCUGGUUUCAAUAAGCUUUGGAAACCAGUUUUCGCUGUAAACCAUGAAAUGUCACUAGAUCAUCAAGAUGCCUAUCUCGAGCAGCAAGACUCAAAGUUCUUGUCUAAUAACGAUCUGUUGGCUGAAAUCAAUGGCAUCAAUAAGCUGGAAUUUGUUUACUCGGACAUGGACAUCCAUAAAGACUUGUAUCAGCUCAUAGAACAAUCUUGUUCAGAUAUUUGUUCAUCUGAACAACUUGAUAGAGCCAUGAAGAUCUGGACUUCAUUAGUAGAAUCCAUGUUUGGUCUUCUUCUCCGGUCUGCAGGAUGCACUGAUGACAGCAAACAUAUUGCAGAAACCCGCAUCUCCAAUGAACAGAUUAUGAAUUAUAAUGCACCAAUUACUAACGAACCGGAAGGAACUCGUGGGCAAGAGGGAACCGACGGUUUCCUUGAGUUUCUGACGAAUGAGAUUGAUUUUUCUCCCAUUGUAGAUCUAGAAAAAGGGGGAUUUGCAGCACACAUGCACAAUAUUGAACAAAAUUACGAUCAGGAAGGUGUUUUGGGCAGUGAAGCAGUUGCUGAUAAUGCAGUAGAAGAAACAUCAUCAAACGAUCGUGAGAAUGUCGAUAUCGUCCAGGAGGAAGAUCGAUCGCUGAUAUUUUACGGAGAUGAUGCCUUCUACGUUUUCUUCAGACUUCAUCAAGCACUCUACGGAAGGCUCGAAGAGGCCAAGCGGCUGGCAAACGAUUCAUAUCCCGUAUUCUUGGAUCUUCUUCAUAACUAUCUGACCGGUGCUUACAAAGACAAGUUCGAAAAUGAAUGUCGAACAAUUUUCGGGAAUUCAUCGGGUCUAAUUUUCUCGAUAGAAAGGCUGAUCAACAAGCUAUCUAGACAGCUUCGAGCCGUUACCAUGAACGAGGUCGAUAACAAGCUUCUCGACCUGUAUGCUUCUGAGAAAACAAGAGAAUCUGGAAGAUUUGUAGAUGAAGUUUAUGCUGCAAAUGCCAGAUCGAUAGUUACUACCUAUAAAAUGUUUCGGUUUGAAUGCUUACCUAUACGAGAAACAGACGGACAAACCCGUUUGACCAUACAGCAAAUCAACAAGGUCAAAACACGUGGAAAAGCCAAUGAGAGGAAAGAGCACAAAGUGGCGCUGAGCUGUCCCGAAAACAAAACGGCGUGGAGGCACGUGGACAAUUGGCAGUGGGACCCACUAGCCAAUGCGACUGACAGGAGCAAAUUUAAGCCGUCAACAUCAAAUUUUGGAGCUGAGCAGAGCCCACAAAUACACUUUUAA